AAAGAAUUGGAUUCACCUGGGCAGUUGUACCUGGUUCUCCCGCGAGUGGAGGGAGAUGACGUCAUCACCACCAGUGUUGGCGACGCCGACGCGCUAAAUUUGAAUUUAGUAUCCUGCCGCUCGUGGAAAUCACGGCUCUAUAAUUGUUCGAUGCCGGCAUUUAACGCUCCAAAGAGUCUGGUAGACUUAUCCAUUAAUGGCCUGUGCAAGAGCGUUUUCCACAUCCUCAGUCAGGUUCUUGAUCUUACAGAGAAGACAGAUGCUGCUGUCCACUCCGUUGAAAACCAAUUGGGAGAAGCCUUUCUGAAAGGGAAGGCUUUCAAAUCACUUGGGUCUGCAAGGAAAAAAUUAGAGUUGUCAAAUGUUAGACAAAUGGUAAAGCAUUGUGGAGACAUUACUGUCCCAUUUUUAGAGUAUAUUGAAGACAUGCCACAUGAAUUUAGUAAUAUAAUUUUUAGCAAGGUACUGAAUGAGUUGCAUUUUUGGAUACAUGGUUCUGAUGAGGAUUUUGAAGUUGAAGAAAAUGAAAAGGACCAUGAUUUAAAAUGGAAUUAUCUUUCCAGAAUACGAAUAUUGUUUCGUGUCCUGGUAAAGUGCCUUUUUUCACAUAAAACUUUUGUAUUUAAUGUAAAUACAUUUACUGAGGGAUAUUUGAAGAAGUUGAAAAAUUUUGUACUCAUUAAGGAAUUUUAUAAGAGAGAUGAUUAUAUGUCUCAAAUAGAGAUGAAUCACAAAUUUUUUGUAAGUGCAUUCCUCGCAUUUAAAAUUGAAUUUUCAUCCUUAACUAGUCUAAGUAUGAGACAUUUAGCUAGUGGAGAAUUGUUAUGGAAUAUAUGCUGUCAUUGUCCAAAUCUUUGGUACCUGGAUCUUAGUGGGGAGAUGUUUGAUUUGCAACGAUAUUGUUAUAUUGAAGCGGCAGCAGGUGAAUUUGUAAAUGCCUUAACAAGAAAAGGUAAGAGGCUGUUCAAGGAGGCAGAUUUUAUUGAGUCACUGUGUGGUCUCUAUGGGAAUCGUGGAGAAAGUCACAGCAAAUUUGAAGGGACCCCAGUAGGUUGUUACUAUUUGAGAAGGCUGCUACUUCCUGAUUAUUACUGGGAUUUAAGUGAAGAGGCUAUCAUGGUUGAAGAAAUGAUAGAGAUACUUGGCCACUUGGCAUAUUUAGAAGAAGUGAGUGGCAUUUGUCUCUAUAAUGUUUUGUGUAAGUUAAAUGAAUCAAGACCAUCAAAGCCACUGCUGUUAAAGCUUAAAAAGUUUGAUGGUACAGCUGGAGGUCAUCAACUUGUUGCUGUAGAUCCAAAACGACUAAGCAGGGUGAAACUACCUCAUGUAGAGGAGGUAAUUUUCAUAGCAAAUGUUGUCAUGAAGCCAUCUGCAUUGCAAGAAUUGUUUCCUAAUUUAAAACACCUGACUAUUACUCCAUACGAUUCAAGAGCUUAUAACUUUGAUAGUAUUCUUCCUUACCUCUGUAACCUGGUUUCCUUGGAUGUUGAAUUUCAUGAGAGUUUAUCUCUUGGAAACAUGUGUGAACUUGCCAAACAGUGUCAAUCAUUGAAGUAUCUGUCUAUAACAUGCCCAGCACUUAUUGGUAAGACUUUUGAUGCCAGCAGUGUGGAAAAUAUAGCAGUGAAAAAUAAAAAGGUAUCCCCUUUUCAUUUACGUGUUGACAAGGAUAAAAAGAGGGAAUAUGAAAUGAAUUAUUGUGAAGGCAGUAAGUUUAUAGUUUAUAACUAUGUGGAUAAGUUGGAGGCUACUUAUAAGUAUAUUAAGUAUAAAGCAGGUGCUGUAAUUCCUGAAUUUUCAAAACUUUUGAAAUUGCAGUUCUUUGGUUUGAAAUACUUUGAUGAAGAGACCUUGUAUCAAAUUAUUCUAGGGGUCCCAUUUUUGCAGGCUUUUACGCUAGUUUUAUCACUAGGAUCCAGCUCCAUGAUACAAAUCAGUGAUUCAUAUAUUGGCCGGUUGGCACCUCACCUUAAAAGAGUGAAAGAUGUUAUUAUUGCAGCAGAGAGACCUAAUGAAGAUUAUCAUCUUCCAUUGAGUGGUGAAACUAUUGCACACUUGAUACAUUUUUGUCAAGAUAUUCGAUCUAUCAGUAGAGUAGGUGACUGGAAAAUGUCUCAAAUAGAAGUGGAAGGUCUUAAUUAUUUUAUGGCACAUGAAAACUUUGUAUUAAGAAUACAUUAAUAUUUUGAUACUCUUGUUAUUAAUUUUUUUUAUGUUUGAUGGUGUUUUGUAAAUAUAGUGGUGUUUUAUAUAUUUUGAUGAAAAAUGUAUGAAAUAUACAAAAGUA